AUGCCGCCGCAGAUACGCGGCUUCACCGCCGGGCCCGGCGUCGGAGGCCCCUUUCACCAGCCUGCCUUCCCUUCCCACGGCCAACCGCAGGGCGGGCCGAUGGCCGGCAACCAGUACCUCGGUGCCAACGCGCAAAUGAACCCCUUUGCUGCUAACGGCAAUGCCUUUGGCGCCGGCUCAGGCCUCAACGGCGGUGCCGCAGGCUUCCCCGACUCGGGAUUCGGCAGCCAGAACGCGCGGAUGGGGUUUGCUCACGGUCCAGCUGCCGCGCUGCAGCAGCCGCAGCAGCACGGAGGGCAGGUGCAGCACAACGUCCUCAUGGACCAUACUACGAUGAGGCCGCAGACCAACAAGGGGAGGAUACGAGAGGUGUGGAAGCACAAUCUCCACGAUGAGAUGGCUGUGCUGCGGGACAUGGUGGAGAAGUACUCUUACAUCGCUAUGGACACCGAAUUCCCAGGAGUCGUAUCAAGACCGAUGGGAUCAUUCCGGGGCAAGAGCGAUUAUCACUACCAAUGUCUCCGCACCAAUGUAGACAUGCUCAAGGUCAUCCAGAUUGGCAUAACGCUGUUUAACGAGGAUGGGGAGACACCUCCCGCCCGGCCGGCGUCGAAUGACCAGGCGGCCAUGUCGGCAAGGCGGACCGCCACUCCGGGACCGUUCCCUUACUCAUGGCAGUUCAACUUCAAGUUUUCCCUCAAGAACGACAUGUACAACGAAAAAUCCAUCGAAUCGCUUCAGCAAGCCGGCAUCGACUUCAACGUCCUUGAGCGGGAUGGCAUUGAACCCCACGACUUUGCCGCGCUGCUGAUUCCCUCCGGCCUCGUCUGCUUCGACAACAUCAAGUGGAUAUCAUUCCACGGCGGUUACGACUUCGGUUACCUCACCAAGCUGCUCAUAUGCACGCCUCUGCCGAACGACGAGGUCGACUUUGACCAUAAGAUGAAGCUGUACUUCCCUACAACCUACGAUGUCAAGCACCUCAUGAAGCACGCCAUUCGCCUCCACAACUCUGGCCUCCUCACUCCCAACGACCCGAACAGCACCGAGAUCCUGCAAAAGUUUGAGCACAAGUCCGGCCUCGAAAAUAUCGCGGAAACGCUCAAGGUGAAGCGCAUCGGGGCCGCACACCAGGCCGGAUCCGACUCUCUCCUGACCGGCAAGGUCUUCUUCCAGAUGCGCGACAAGAUCUUCAACGGCGACAUCCCUGACGAGCACGUCGGCAAGGUCUGGGGCCUCGGCAUUCCCGAGAUGGGCCUCGUCACAUCCUCCAUGAUGGCCGCCGCCGGGAGCGGCAACGACCAACAGUCCAACGGCGGCGCGCCGAGCACCCCCAACACUGGCACCGUCGGCCUCGCCACCACGCCGGCUGCGCAGAGCCACAACACCAAUGGCUUGUCCAGCAUGGGUCCCAUGACGCCUGGCGGCGGCGGCGGCGUCUUCGGCAGCUUCGCCUUUGGGGGCAACAGCAGAUAG